AUGGCAGAAAUAGCAGUCUCCCUACAUCCAACUGGCCGCCCAACCUGCGGCCAAUGCGGAACGGUCCAUCGCGAACGAUUGGAUCAGAUUCAUGCGCAAUCUCGGUGUUUCAAGUGCAAACGGCAGUUCCGUCUACCAGAGGGAUUUCGGCCGCUUCGGUUCUCGGCGCCAAUCGGAAUUCCAACGGAUUGGGGGCGUGAGACCGACUCGAAAGUCUUGUGCAUAGAGCAACUGCUUGAGCUAUUGCGCAACUGGUUGGUGUUCGCAGAGGAGAUGCUGCUAGACGACGGAAAGCUCCCACUGGAGGCGGCGCCCUAUAUGCUCGAUAUUUUGGAGGUGACGGACCAGCUGGAGACUUGUCUACUUCCCCAGAAGGAGCGCUUCCACUCGGUGAAGGUAGAUCGCAUGAGGGCUAGCUUCCGGGAAACUCACGAGAAGCUUGCGGCAAAGCUUCCUGAAGGCUGGAAGUUUACCCCUGUCGCGGAAGUCUCCAGGUUAAUGCCGCCCGAACUCGUACCCCAAUACCUCCUAGAAAAAUACCAUCAUGAUGUAGAGGUACCCAAGAACGAAGAACAAAUGCGCGACCUCCUCAUCAAACUCCAGCAGGCCUACGAAGUCACCAACGAACAGGAUAUUCGCAUAGAGCGCCUCACACUCUUUGCAUACCGACCUGCGCCCAACCCUUCCUGCAAUAGCAUGUGGUUCGUUCGCGGAAUAGCUCCACACUGGAAACCACCCCUUAUAGACGACGAGGUCAAAGCAAUAAUGGAUGAGCAAGUCAAGCGUCUUGCUGAGCGCCGGGACGACUUUAUCAAAUUGGCCCCCUUCUAUGAGGAUCACCUUAAACCCUUCUUUGACAAGGCAAACCAGACUAGACAAUCUAAGCCUAAAAAGAAACGGUCGGAAGCGCUUCGCGAUGUGGAUGGAUACCAACAGGCGCCUAUCUUUGGGGGAUUCGAUGGGAUCGGAAUAGCAUGGAGAGGCUGGUUCAACUAUUGGAAUCCAUGCGGGUAUUGCUCAGAUACGUACGACUUCCCUAAGGGCCAUAAGCGGAACAACGACAAAGACAGCUGGAACGGAUAUUUGAGCAGCCGACGAGCCUGGGCAUGUGCGGAAGCGGCCAUGGCUACCAUCGGCUAUUUCCUGGCCAGUUCUAUGUGGGAGGAAUUCCAGAAGGUAAACUCUGGAAGUGUAUAA